CUGUUCCUCCCCCACUGACACCAACGAUGAGGCACUGUUCCUCCCCCACUGACACCAACGAUGAGGCUUUGUUCCUCCCCCACUGACACCAACGAUGAGGCACUGUUCUCCCCACUGAUACCAACGGUGGGGCACUAUUCCUCCUCCCCACUGAUACCAACGAUGGGGCACACUAUUCCUCCCACUGACUAAUGAUGGGGCACUAUUCCUCCCACUGACUAAUGAUGGGGCACUAUUCCUCACACACUGACACUAAUGAUGGGGCACCAUCCCCAUCAUUGGAAUACCAUACUGAAAUACCAUACCAUAUUGAAAUCAAAUCUGAUG